AUGGUAAGUGUGCUGCGGAUUUUCAACGGGUUCAACAUGAUGUUUCCGGACCAUUCGCGCCUGUUCAAAACGACGUACAAAUGCUACUCAGUGUCGAUGCUGCCAGGCAACGAACGGCAGGAUGUAGAGAAUGGUGGCAAGAUUAUAAUGCCACCGUCGGCCCUCGACCAGCUGACGAGGUUAAAUGUGGUGUAUCCGAUGCUGUUUAAGAUUACGAACGGUACGAUCAAUCGCAGUACACACGCGGGUGUGCUGGAGUUUGUGGCGGAUGAAGGUAAAAUCUACAUGCCCUACUGGAUGAUGCACAAUCUGGCACUGGAGCAGGGCGACAUCGUGGAGAUCGAGAGCGUCUCCAUACCGGUGGCAACGUAUUCCAAAUUUCAACCGCAAAGUGUAGAAUUCUUGGACAUUACCAACCCGAAAGCGGUGCUCGAGAAUUGUCUGCGAAAUUUUGCCUGUUUGACGACAGGCGAUCUCAUUGCGAUAAAUUAUAACAAUACAACGUACGAACUGUCCGUGCUGGAGACAAAACCUGGCCCGGCCGUAACAAUCAUUGAAUGUGAUAUGAAUGUUGAGUUUGCGCCACCGAUCGGUUACACAGAGCCGGAACGAAGGGAGAAAGAGGAGGAACCAAUGACGAUUGACCCGACAGAGUUGAUGCCGGAACCGAUUGGAUUCGUUGCGUUCAAAGGCGAGGGCACUAGGUUGGAUGGCAAGAAGAAGAAGGACAACGGAACGAAUGACGUUCCUCCGGUGCAGCGGCAAGCAUACGUACGAGGCAUCCCUGAUUAUGACCACCCCUACGGAUUGCUAAGGUUCGACCGCAGUGUGCGAAAGUUGGAUCAAAUUGAAUCGAAAUCGGAAGAUAGUAAAUUCCAAGAGUUCCAAGGUGAAGGCUGCAGUUUGAAGAAGAAUCGGAAAUAG